CCACACUAUUGCUGCAGCACAGCUGAUUAGUUGUAUUCGGGACCUGUGAAUGGUCAGACGCCAUUGUGUUCACAUUACGUGCGUUGCAAAUUAAGCAGUACCAGAAUGUCACAAGGCGGUGGCACACCAUCGGCUGGGAAUCCAACAAUCCUGCAUGCUGGCAAAGUGUUCAUACAACGCGACUAUAGCGAUGGCACAUCGGUCAAAUUUCAUACACGGCUUCCCCCUGAGCUGGAGGGCAUGAUCGAACGUCAUGUGUUCGAGGCCACCAUUAACAGGCUUAACGAAUUUUAUGCCGAGGCCGAGGAGGGAUCAUGUGGCACUUACUGCGAAGGUUGUAUAGGUUGUAUUACGGCAUAUUUGAUCUACAUGUGCUCCGAGACACAUUACGAAAAGACGCUGCGUAAAAUAUCCAAAUUUGUUGCUUCCCAAAAUGAGCGCAUUUAUAAUCCAAAGGGACUGCAGUUGAUUGAUCCAACAUUUCGUGGUCUUCGUGUUAUAGAAAUAACCAUAUUUGAUCGUCCAGGGCGAACGUGACUUCCGCUCUCCCAUUCAGCCAAUGAGUUUUUCAUGUGAGACAUCGGCGUUUACUUCAAGAAAGAAAACAGAAAACAAGAAACAAAA